UAGAAGGGAAGCAGGGGAGGAUUGUAAAUAAAAACAAACUAGGUUUUCUACAGCGAUGGCAGUCCUUGACUUUCACAUUUUAUGUCAAGCAAUUUUGUAUUUUUGUGCGUUCAUUGCAGGGUUUGCAAUCUCUAUACCGGUUGGAGUUAACAGAAUAAAUUUCAAUGGGCAGUGCGUACUGUAUGCUGAUUUCAACUGGAAAAAUGCAACAAAUUUUGUGAUGACAGGGAGUAGUGCCACCAACUGUAAUUUUCCCAUCUACUUCAGUGUGUUCGGCCUCAUAUUCUAUGGGCUUGCAACAGGAUUAUACAACUCAUAUGCAGUGAUCAGGUCGAUGAAGGAUCCAGAUAUAGGAUCUCAAAUGUGGGUAAUGCCAUUUAUUCUUGUCAACACUCUCCUUGCAUUCACCACACUGAUUGUUGGAUGUGUUCUCUCUGUUGGAUUUCUGCAGUUUUGUAAUGGUUUAACAAAAACAACUGUACCCAGCUGCCGAGCUCUAGAAAAUAAAACUUGGAAGAACUUAGCAAAAGACAAGCCGUUUAACUCGGGACCAUACUUUAAGUUGCUUACUGUUGCACAGGUUGCAGCAUGGGGCUGUGUUCUUGUGUUCAUCCUACAGAUAGUGCUUAGCGUUCUAAGAUUUAUUCGUAACCGACGUCGAAGGUCUGCCCAGAUGUUUGACAGUGCACAGAAGGCUCAGACAAGUUCUGACACAACCAAGAUUGCUGAAUUGGAGCCAACAGCUUGAAGCAACAGUCAGAAUAAACACAUUCUCAGAUCUUUGAAAGCAUUUUGAUGCAAACUCCUGUAUAUGUUAGUGUCCUUUUCAUGUUCAUUUGUGCCGCGCCAUGAGAAAACCAACAUAGUGGCUUUGCGACCAGCAUGGAUCCAGAACAGCCUGCGCAUCCGUGCAGUCUGGUCAGGAUCCAUACUUUUUGCUAACAGUUUGUCUGAUUGCAAUAGGCUUUGAAAGUGAACAGCAUGGAUCCUGACCAGACUGCGUGGAUGCGCAGGAUGGUCUGGAUCCAUGCUGGUCACAAACGCACUUUGUUGGUUUUCUCAUGACACGGCUCAAUUUUUAAAGGGCUUUUGUGCCUUUAUACUGUAAUUCUGAAAAGAUUUUACUCAAGGCAAGAAAUUCAGAUUUAUUGUUCAUAAACAUUUUUAGCUGUUCACUUAAAAAAGUUGAUCAGUUUUAUACAUGCAUUGUUAAAUACACAUUAAGAAAGAAUUUCUACAUAAUAACCUCAUUUAUUAAGUCAUGAAAUCAUUUAAAUUUGUAGGCAUGGGAUUUCCUGUUUUUAGCCACACACGCUGUUUUGUGUGGAUUUGAAUUGAUGGAUUCCCAAUUUUUAAUAAGAUGAAUUUGGAAUAUUUUAAAUUUGUUGGACUUAAUUUGUGGAUCGACUUAAUUACUAUGUGCUGUCAUUAGAGAGCUCUUGUUAUGUCUAAAAGGACACAAGCUAUACUACUUCCAUAUCAGUUUUUAGAUUUGUACUCAUUCCUGUUCAAGUAUAUAUUAAAUGAAACAUUUUUAGCUCACCUGAGCAAUGCUCAGGUGAGUUUUUCUGAUCACUCCAUGUCCGGCGUCUGUCUGUCUGUCGUCUGUCCGUCAUCAUUUAGCUUGUGUGUGCGAUAGAGGCUGUAUUUUUCAACUGAUCUUCAUGAAAUUUGGUCAGAAUGAUUACCUUGAUGAAAUCUAGGCCGAGUUCGAAAAUGGGUAAUCUGGGGUCAAAAACUAGGUCACUAGGUCAAAUCAAAGAAAAACCUUGUGUAUGCGAUAGAGGCUGUAUUUUUCAACUGAUCUUCAUGAAAUUUGGUCAGAAUGAUUGCCUUGAUGAAAUCUAGGCCGAGUUUGAAAAUGGGAUCUCUGGGGUCAAAAACUAGGUCACGAGGUCAAAUCAAAGAAAAACCUUGUGUAUGCGAUAGAGGCUGUAUUUUUCAAUUAAUCUUCAUGAAUUUCGGUCAGAAUGAUUACCUUGAUAAAAUCUAGGCCGAGUUCAAAAAUGGGUCAUCUGGGGUCAAAAACUAGGUCACUAGGUCAAAUCAAAGAAAAACCUUGUGUAUGCGAUAGAGGCUGUAUUUUUCAAUUAAUCUUCAUGAAUUUUGGUCAGAAUGAUUACCUUGAUGAAAUCUAGGUCAAGUUCGAAUAUGGGUCAUCUGGGGUCAAAAGUAGGUCAUUAGGUCAAAUCAAAGAAAAACUUCGUGUAGGCGAUAGAGGCUAUAAUUUUCAAUUGAUCUUCAUGAAAUUAAGUCAGAAUGAUUGCCUUGAUGAAAUCUAGGUCAAAUUUGAAUAUGGGUAAUCUGGGGUCAAAAAUUAGGUCACGAGGUCAAAUCAAAGAAAAACCUUGUGUAUGCGAUAGAGGCUAUAUUUUUCAACUGAUCUUCAUGAAAUUUGGUCAGAAUGAUUACCUUGAUGAAAUUUAGGCCAAGUUCGAAAAUGGGUCAUCUGUAAUCAAAAAGUAGGUCACUAGGUGUAAUCAAAGAAAAACCUCGUGUAUGUGAUAGAGGCUGUAUUUUUCAUCUGACCUUCAUGAAAUUUUGUCAGAAUGAUAGCCUUGAUAAAGUCUAGAUCAAGUUCGAAUAUGGGUCAUCUAGGGUCAAAAACUAGGUCACUAGGUCAAAUGAAAGAAAAUACUUGUUUUUGCUCCAAUUUUAAUGAUAAUUGGUCAGAAUAUUUUUUUCUAUGAAAUCACUAGGUCAAACAUGUUUACACUGUUAUGGUGUAUUAUGGUGUGAGCGACCUAGGGCCAUCUUGGCCCUCUUGUUUGUAUUUAUCAUCAGGAUAAAAGAAGAAAAUAUUUUACUUUGAAAUUUAUGUUUCAAUGCUUGAAAUAAUUUUAGGCUUAGCGAAAUAUUUCUUUUUUGUAAUGAUACAUUAAAGUUUCUUUUUGUCUGUCUCCAGACAUGUCUUUGUGAUAUGGCUAGAUAUUGCAUAUCAAUUAGUGAUGGCAACGGUUAACCGAGUACUCGCUCGGUGUUCUAAGUAUUGAUUAUGAAAUUUAGUAAUCAAGUACUCGAAAAAAAAUAUAUAGAAAAAAUAAGAAAAAAAGACCAGAAACACUCAAUUUUAAUGCGGCUGUUUAAACGACACCAAUGUCAUCUUUUUGAUCAGUUACCCAGAUUAUUCAAACAUGAAGGUGUGAAUUGAUGCACAAUGGUCAGUAAUGAUCUUUGACAGGUAACAUGUGUUUGCAAAAGCAUGAUUGCUGUAAAUUGUAAUUAUGCCGCUUAUUGCAGUACCACUUAUAUCAUUAACAAUUAGAAAAUCACACCACACCAGUGUGCAAAUGUUAAAAUUAGCGAUACAUGAUAAAGAACAUAUCCUCUACAAUCUAAAAAGUAAACCAGUCCAAUUUUAUGGCGACUUAGCUGUUUGCUCAGCAUUUUAUUAGUCGCCGAUAUAUAUAUGCUCCUGGUUUUACAUUCUUGUUUUCCCUUUAGCACAAAGUAAUCAUUUACAACUGUAUUCAACAACAAAAAAUGGUUUUUUUUUUAAACAUGAUAUCACUGCUUACAGGAGCCAUGGUGAAACAAAUAAUGAUUUUGAAUUAUCUCCCUUUAAUAGUGAACAAAUGCUAUAUACAGCCGAUUUUCGCCUAUUCCAGUUACUGAAACCACUUUUAACAAGUAACUGAGUACUCGAUCGAAAAAAUCAGCGAGUACUCAAGUACUAAAAUUGGUUCUCGAUGCCAUACCUAUUAUCAAUUCAUAUUUCCUUUAAAAUGAAACAGUAUGGGGAGACAUGACACUGCUUCUAUUGAUAGCAGUUUCUAGUUUACAUAGAGAAAAGACUUUUUAUGCAUAAUUUUGCAAGGAACAGCUGGCAUAUUUUAUAUGAAAAAAUCAAAAUAGUUUUGAUAUCUCACUAGACAAUAUGUCUAUAAAUAUUUCAUUGUACACACCCAUUAUCACAAUAUAUAUUAAAGUUUUUUUAUUAUUUUUGUUAUGUGUAAUGUGUUAUAUACAUGUAUAUUGUUACAGAUAUAUAGUUGUGGAAAGAUUUCAUUGUUUUUGCUGUUUAAUUGCCAGAUUUGAAAUAUAUAUAUUAAAUUAUAAUAUAAUUCUUGUUGCCAGUACAUUAUAUUCUGUGAUAUAAGGUCAAAUGUCAAAUGUACUUAGUUAAAUACAGGCAACAAAUCAUGGCCCUGAAAUGAAAUUACUUGACAGUGUUUUCAACAUACUUGUAAUUUAUUGGUUUAACUGUGCUACAUAUAGUUCUUUUUUAAACGUAUGUGCAUAUUUCUACUAGCGUACAAGAUAUGUUCAUAUUUCUAUAAGCGCACCAGAUAAUGUUCAUAUUUUUAUUAGCUCAACUCGGUAUAGUGAGCUCAGGCACAGCUGUGUGAUCACUCACUGUCCAUCCAUAUGUUAUACGCCCAUCAGUUUCUUGUUCACCCAUUCUUGUGAACCAGUCUCUUCUAAGAGCAUCUCUUCUAGAAACUUCACCUGUUUGACAGAGGGCUUGGUCAUUUACUCACAAUAUGUAUAUUGUGGAAAUGUAAAAAAAAACUUGUCGGAAACUGCUUGCUUGAUAUGACACACGUUUCUUUCUAACCCUCGGGCAAGAUUAUUCAGAUUAAUGAGUCCUCAAAAAAAAAAAAACAACAAAAAAACUUAGUUGGCAGAGGGUCACUUAACCUAUAUGUAUAUAUGUAUAUGGUGGAAACUUGAUACAUUUUCUUGUUUAUAUAAACAGCUACUACAUAUUUAAGUUAUUUUACGAAACCCUUUCCCAAGAAGAGGAAGGGGUGCUAAUUCCUUGUUAAGGCUCUUUGGAAACAUUUGAAACUCAACUGUUAAAUAGAUGGCUUAACUUGGAAAUAAAUGCACACAGUUGUUCCUUUGGUGAUUCGUAUAUGUUUUCAUAUCUGCUUGAGCAGUGAAAUUCUAGUGAAAUAACAUGGGAAAACCAACAUAGUGGCUUUGCUACCAGCAUGGAUCCAGACCAGCCUGCGCAUUCGCGCAGUCUGUUCAGGAUCCAUGCUGUUCGCUGACGGUUUCUGUAAUUGCAAUAGAUAUUGAUAGCGAACAGCAUGGAUCCUGACCAGACUGCGCGGAAGCGCAGGCUGGUCUGGAUCCAUGCUGGUCACAAAGCCACUAUGUUGGUUUUCUCAAGACGCGGCUCAAGUAGUUUUUCAGGAAAUGGUAAGGAUACUGAUAAGAUUUAUUUUGUUUGCUGGCAGAAAUCAAACCAGUUAUGGUUGACCUUUUUAAGUACAACUGUUGUACUGUUCCCUUUCACAAAAUCUUCAAAGGGGAUUUUGUGAUUUUAUGCUGCAGAUCCCACCAUCUUUUUUGUAUGGCUCUCACCUGCAUUUGUGAGAAAAUUAAAAUAAUACUCUCAAAUUGUUCAUAACUUAUAAUACCUCAAAACUUCAACAGUACAUGAUUCUAGUCUUUUGAAAUCUUAUAUUUAUGUCUAAUUAAUUAUUGUAGCCUUAUUUAUUGAUGUUGCUUAACCCUUAGCCUGCUGGCAGCCAGUGAUUCUGCCUUUGCAUCCAGUGCAGACCAAGAUUAGCCUGCUGGCAGCCAGUGAUUCUGCCUUUGCAUCCAGUGCAGACCAAGAUUAGCCUGCUGGCAGCCAGUGAUUCUGCCUUUGCAACCAGUGCAGACCAAGAUUAGCCUGCACAUCCGUGCAAGCUGAUUGUGGUCUGCACUGUUUGCCAUUCAGUCACUAUCUUUUUUUGGUAAGCACCCCUUUUAACAGUUAAUGGUUCUGUCCAAAUUGAAAAUGGACAAGUUUAAUAUGGAAAUUUAGCAGGGUAAGGGUUAAUUAUGAAGCAACAUGACUAGCACUGUUCUAUAUAUAUGGUUGUGUUCUAGGUUUAUAAUAAACAUCCUAGGACGAAGUACCACUGAAUAUUUUUAUAAUACAGAUGACAAUAUAUGUUUUUAUUCUUUAAAUUAUUUUAUACAUUUAAGUAUCACUAUUGUAGUGUUGAAAAUAUUUGGUGACAUUUUAUUACUGUAGUUUAGCCAGGACAAACAGUUAUUGUUUGGAUUUAUAAGAACAAUAUCAUAAAAGAGGUUUGCACCUGUCACACAUUUUGAUAGAUAUAAUUUGAUAUAAUUGAGCCGCACCAUGAGAAAACCAACGUAGUGCAUUUGCGACCAGUAUGGAUCCAGACCAGACUGCGUGGAUACAUCUGUUCGCUUUCAAAAUCUAUUGCAAUUAGAGAAACCGUUAGUGAACAGCAUGGAUCCUGACCAGUCUGCGCGGAUGCGCAGGCCUGUCUGGAUCUAUGCUGGUUGCAGAUGCACUAUGUUGGUUUUCUUAUGGUGUUGCUCAUAUUUAUUUAGGGGCUUUGAAUACUCAUUAUGUUAUUGAAUUGUUUGUAAUAGCAAGACAAAAGUCAGUUUAAACAGAGGGUAUAAGUGUGAUGUGAAGAAACAGACUCAGUAUCACAGUGAUUGUUUUGGAAAUUUCUCAAUUGAUAGAAGAGACAUGACUAUUACAUAUGGCACUGCGGUAAUUUAGAGUGAUGGUACUCUUUUUUAGCUCACCUGUCACAUAGUGACAAGGUGAGCUUUUGUGAUCACCCUUCGUCCGUCCGUCUCGUGCGUCCGUGUGUCAACAAUUUCUUGUCUGCACGAUAGUGGUUUCAUUUAUGAUUUGAUUUUAACCAAACUUGCACACAACUUAUAUCACCAUAAGAUCUCGGUUCCUUUCUUGAACUGGCCAGAUCCCAUUACAGGUUCCAGAGUUAUGGCCCCUGAAAGGGCCAAAAUUAGCUGUUUUGACCUUGUCUGCACAAUAGCAGCUUUAUUUAUAAUUUGAUUUUUACCAAACUGGCACACAACUUGUAUCACCAUAAGAUCUUGGUUCCUUUCUUGAACUGGUCAGAUUCCGUCAUGGGUUCCAGAGUUAAGGCCCCUGAAAGGGCAUGAAUUAGCUAUUUUGACCUUGUCUGCACAAUAGCAGCUUCAUUUAUGAUUUUAUUUUAACCAAACUUGCACACAACUUGUAUCACCACAAGAUCUUGGUUCCUUUCUUGAACUGGCCAGAUUCCUUAAUGGGUUCCCGAGUGAUGGCCCCUGAAAGGGCCAGAAUUAGCUAUUUUGACCUUGUCUGCACAAUAGCAGCUUCAUUUAUGAUUUGAAUUUAAUCAAACUUGCACAAAACUUGUCUCACCAUAAGAUCUCGGUUCCUUUCUUGAAACGGCCAGAUCCCUUAAUGGAUUCCAGAGUUAUGGCCCCUAAAAGGGCCAAAAUUAGCUAUUUUGACAUUGUCUGCACAAUAGCAGCUUCAUUUAUUUUUUGAUUUUAACCAAACUUGCACAAAACUUGUAUCACCACAAGAUCUUGGUUCCUUUCUUGAACUGGCCAGAUUCCUUCAUGGGUUCCAGAGUUAUGGCUCCUUAAAGGUCCAAAAUUGGCUAUUUUGGCUUUUGCAGCCAUAUAGAGACUUCAUUUAUGGUUUUAUUUGAUACAAACUUCCAAAAUAUCUUCAACAACAGUAACUCUUGGAUUCCAUGACAAAUCAGAUCCAUUCGUAUGUUCCAGAGUUAUUUUAUAUCUGAUUACCUCCCCUGAUUGUAAUCAAAAUGGAUUUAUAUCAGUAAGUACUUAUAGGACUUAUUUGAAAUUUCAUUAUUGUCAUUAGUUGGACUGAGCCAAUGGGGGUAGAUAACUAUAGACUCAUUUUAUGUCAAAUUACCUCCCUUUAUUUCGAAUUAAAAAUGGGUAUAUCUCCGUAACUAAUGAAGAUACUGAUCUGAAAUUUCAUUUAUGUCAACAGAUUUAUUUGGCAGAUCCUUCUCUUGUUAACUUACAAUCAUUUUUUUUUUUUAAUGACUUCCAAUUUAUGUUACUAUUAAUAGCUUGUUUUUAGUAACUUUUUUAUUAUUGGCCGUGGGGAAAAACCGAGACCACUUUUCUGUGGUACAACAUGGAUGGUACCUCCAAUUUUUAGGUGUAUUUUGACAUAUCUGUACCUUGUAAGAAUUUUUUUCUUUCUUUUUGGUUUAAUUUCUUCCCUUUGUUGUUCCUGUCCUUUGAACUUGGAUAUUUUUUUCUGAGGACCUUCUUGUCCUCAAGUGCAAUGAUAACAGGUGAGCGAUAUAGGACCAUAAUGGCCCUCUUGUAUUUCACUCUUUGUACCCCCCCCCCCCCCCCACAAACAAAGUUGUAAGGGGGUGUAUACUGGUUUCAGGUUGUCUGUCUGUCCGUCUGUUCGUAGACACAACUUUGUGCGCACCAUCUCUCCUCAUCCCCUUGACACAAUUUAAUAAAACUUCACACAAGUGAUCAGUAACAACAGUAUUUGUGCAUGGGGCAUGUUAGGUUCUUUCCGAAAAAAUAAUUGCAGAGUUAUGGGACUUUGUUUUUUGUUACUAUACUAUAUACAUAGACACAAUGUUGUGCACACCAUCUCUCCUGAUCCCCUUGACACAAUUUAAUGAAACUUCAAACAAGUGAUCAGUAACAAUAGUAGUUGUGCAUGGGGCAUGUUUGGUUCUUUCAGAAUUUUUUUUUGCAGAGUUACGGGACUUUGUUUUUUUUUUACUAUACUAUAUACAUAGACACAAUCUUGUGCGCACCAUCUCUCCUCAUCCCCUUGACACAGUUUAAUGAAACUUCACACAAGUGAUUAGUAACAAUAGUAGUUGUGCAUCGGGCAUGUUAGUUUCUUUCAGAAAAAAUAAUUGCAGAGUUACGGGACUUUGUUUUUUGUUACUAUACUAUAAAAGACACAAUCGUAUGCGCACCAUCUCUCCUGAUCCCCUUGACACAGUUUAAUGAAACUUCACACAAGUGAUCAGUAACAACAGUAGUUGUGCAUGGGGCAUGUUUGGUUCUUUCAGAAUUCUUUUUUUGCAGAGUUACGGGACUUUGUUUUUUUGUUACUAUACUAUAUACAUAGACACAAUUUUGUGUGCACCAUCUCUCCUCAUCCCCUUGACAUAAUUUAAUGAAAUUUCACACAAGUGAUCAGUAACAACAUUAGUUGUGCAUCGGGCAUGUCACGCUCUUUCAACAACAAAAAUUGCAGAGUUUUGGGACUUUGUUUCUUGUUAACAUAGUAUGUACAUACAGUCUACAUAUGCAAUCUUGUGCGCGCCUAAUCUUUCAAACCCUUGCACACAACUUAAUGAAACUUCACACAAGUGAUCAGUGCCAAACCUAGUUGUGCAUGGUGCAUGUUAUGUUCUUUUAGAUAAAUAUUCUGCAUAGUUAUGGCACUUUGUUUUUUGUUACUAUACUGUAUACAUACAGUCUAUAUACAUAAAGUCCACAUAAUUAUGCAGUCUUGUGUGCUUCAAUUGCAAUGUACUGUGUCAGUGCAUGCGGGGGUUACAUUCAUCACCUUUAGUGAUAGCUCUAGUUUUUCAUUGUUUUAGCCUUACUGCCUUUAUCUUAAUGACAGAUUUCAAGUAUAAUCGCUGCAGUGCAUUUUUAUACGCCCGUCUCUGAAAGAGCGGGGCGUAUAAUGUGAACACUUGGGCGGCGGGCGGCGUCCAAAGCAUGUCCACUCUCUUAAGUCAAAAGGUUUUCAUCGGAUCUUCACCAGACUUGCUGACAAAGUUUGUGGGCAUAAUAUCUCAGCCAAGUUUGAAAACCAGCCAAAUCGUCCCAGACACUCUUGGAUUAUGGCCGUUGAAUUACUCGAAAAACAGCAAAUUUUACCUGGUCUCUCUAAGUCAAACAGUUCUCAUUCGAUCUUCACAAAACUUGCUGACAAUGUUUUUGGGCAUAAUAUUUUGGCCAAGUUCGAUAACCAGCAAAAUCGCUUUAGGCACUCUUGGAUUAUGGCCAUUGAAUUACUCGAAAAACUGAAUUUAGCCUUGUCUGCUCGAAUAGUUUUCAUCCGAUCUUCACCAAACUUGCUGACAAUGUUUGUGGGCAUAAUAGCUCAGCUAAGUUUGAUAAUUAGCCAAAUUGCCUCAGGCACGUUUGAAUUAUGGCCAUUGAAAUGUUCAAAAAACUGAAUUUAGCCUUGUCUGCACUCUAAGUGGAACAGUUUUCAUCGGAUAUUUACCAAACUUGCUGACAAUGUUUGUGGGCAUAAUAUCUUGGCCAAGUAAGAUAACCAGCCAAAUCACCCCAGGCGCUUUUGGAUUAUGCCCCUUAAAUAAGGCCAAGUUCCAUGACGGGCUUAUUUUGUGACAGUCUGGCACUCUUGUUUUUUUAGUACAUUAAUAUUUACAUUCUCCCUAUUCAUUCCAUCGAAAAUGCUGACAUUCAUUUUGCCUAAACUGUGAAAGGAAAGGCUCUGAAAUUACAAUAAAAUGGCUUAGUGAUAACAUCACACCUGCAUUUAGUCAGGGAGUAUAUUCCUUUGAUGACAUAGUUGUUUUCUCUGUUGAACUGACCGGGAAGCUGGUUCUAAUGUAAAGUAAGAUAUGUGCAAUUUAAAGAAAAAUUCUUGUUGACAAAUGGAAUGGAAUUAUAAUUUUUCUUUUUUAGUUUAUGUGAAAUUCGUGGAUUUGCCAGUCCUAUUGUGUGAGUCAUUUUGCAUGAACUCCACAAAAAUUAGCAAUUUCAUAGUUAGUUUGGGAUAAAAAGUAGUAAAGUGGACUCCCAAUGAAAUAACAGCAGAUCUUGUAAAUUACUUACUGUACAGUUACUGUUUUUAUGAUCAUACUAUCAGGAAGUACCUACACUGAAAUCAUUCCAUUUAGGUAGUUCUGCAUUUUUGAUAAACUGGAAGUGAUGAUGUUACAUAAUUUAUCUGGAAAACGUAGAAUAAAGCCUGGAUUUGCAUAAGGAAAUGAAAAUCAUUUUAUUAAUCGUAGCCUGUGAAUAAAUUUAUUGCAAUGAUUUCUAAAGUCAAAAUACGGUGUUGUAACAUAUGACAUGUUAAUAAAUAAUUCAAAAUAAUGUCUUAGAAUUAGCAUGGAAUUGUUUCACUUUAACCAUGGUCAAAUGUCUUAAAAAUAAGCACAUGGAUCUGUACAUUUUAUUUCAUCAAGUUAUAGGCCAUGUUUUUAUUGAAAACUGUGAAAAGUUUCAUCAAAAUCUAUAUUGUAGAAAAAUUUCCAUUCGCGAAAAAUGUUAUGAAAGUUAAAAUUUUAUGAUAUAUUGCAUGAGGUCAGUAUUUUUCAAAUUAGUCUAGCAAAAGAUCAAGCACACAACCCUAUCUUUUUUAUUUGCUGAAUUUUCUAGGUAUAUUCUGAAGUUUUGAAAAAUCAGAGUUUAAUCAAAUUUGUAGAAAAAAUUUGGAUCCAAACGUGCAGAACUACCUUAGGUACUGCAUUAUGUUGAUAGAUACAUGAAUAUCAAAUAUUUGUGCUAGCACAUUGCCAUUUCCUGAUUAUAAGAUAUAAAAACAAUUUCCAAAGGGAAAGAAGGACCAUUCAGAUUCAUAUUUAGAGCUUCUUGUUCUGUGAUUUCCUACAUAGAUUUUGCCAUUUGGGUUCAUUUAUUUGAUUACUUCAUGAUCUUAUAUGAUCUUAUGUGUUGUCCUGUUUGCAAUAUUAUCAAGUUACAUCCUGUCCCAGUACUAAAAUGUGGAUGUUUUUAUCAACUGCCUGAAAUAUUAUUAUAGUUAUAAGGAGAAUAAUCAGUAUAUGUGUACACAGUUAAGACUAUAAACAUUAAAUUAUUUUAUAAAUUCAGUAUAAUAUAUACCUCUCAUUACAUUACAUAUAUAAAUAUUAAAUUAAAUAUUUAUAUGAUAUAUAUAUAAAAUGUAUAUGUUUAUAUUGUAUGACAUGCCCAUGCCAGAUUUUAUGAAUGUUUUAUUUUAGUUUUCAUCUACAUCGAAUAUUUGUGAAUGAUAAACACAUAAGUUGGUUUUCUCUUCGUUAGGUGUUCUCGUUGUCAGCUGUUGUCACUGGCAGCUAUGAUACAGCAUUUACUUUGUUUGUAUUAGCCAGCUUGUACUGGUCUGUGAAAUUUCAUGAUAUAUGUUGACAAAACUUAAUUGGAGGCUACUAUUAGAUAUCAGUCACUGUCUUGAACAAAAUGGUUUCUACUCAUAGUUUAAAUUUUGACUUGUAGUAGAUGAUAAUGAACAAUGGUGAUUUUGUUUUGCUUUACCUGUUUGUCUUACAGAUAAUUGGUUUUCAAUCUGCAGUUUUACUGAUUGCUGCAGGGCCUCUAUGUAGCCUUCAAAGAUAAGUGAUUGAUUGCUACAAGGCCUCUAUGUAGCCUUCACAGAUUAGUGAGUGAUUGUUACAGGGCCUCUAUGUAGCCUUCAGAGAUUAUUGAUUGAUUGCUAAAGGGCCUCUAUGUAGCCCUCAAAGAUUAUUGAUUGAUUGCUAAAGGGUCUCUAUGUAGCCUUCAAAGAUUAUUGAUUGAUUGCUAAAGGGCCACUAUGUAGCAUUCAGAGAUUAUUGACCGAUUGCUUAAGGGCCUCUAUGUAGCAUUCAGAGGUUAGUGAUAUUUCACGUCAUUCAGGAACACUAAGCUGCGUUAGAAGUUUAGGUUAAUUCACAGAUGUAUGUUAUUUUUGUAUUUUGGUACAUGUUGUUCUUGUUGCAUACUUUGUUAUAGUUUUGACAUUGCAUAUUACUGUUUCAACAAAUAAAGGAUAUACUUUGA